CCUGAAGCUGCAGCUGGGGCCCGGGCGGGAUGAUCCGCCUCCGACGCGGCCUCUGCGUGGGGGAACCUCUCCGUCGGCGCGGCCGCAGACACUCGUCUCUCACCGCAGAAAAGACAAACCAUGUCGUCUUGAGGGGAAAAAAAACUCGGAUUGCUGUGUACAGCGGCAGCCUGCAUGAGGUUUUUCUCCAAUCGCUCAACACUUUUAGUGGAUUUUGACCCUCCCCCUCCCCCUCCUCCUCCUCCUCCUCCUCUACGGGACAGAGAGCAGAGCUUCUGCGGAAGGAUAAAGAGCGACGAGAUGGGAAACAUGAUCCUGAUGGCGCUUCUGCUGCUUCACCUGCCAACAGAGCUGCUGUCCAUCCAGGUGAUUGUCCGAGAGACAGAGAGGAGAACGACUCUGUUUGCCUCUGUGAUUUUGCGCUGUGACUAUACAACCUCAGCAAACCCUCAGGAUGUCCUGGUCACCUGGAGAUACAAGUCCUUCUGUAAAGACCCAGUCCUGGAGUACUACUCGACAGGCUAUCAGGCUGCUCUGCAGCUGGGUCAGGACCCCUCCAAUGACUGCCCGGACCGCCAGCGCACAGUCCGCACAGUGAUCCAGAAGAGAGGCAUUAAUGAGCCCAUACUGGGGGCAGACUACAGAGAACGCAAAAUUAGCGUUCAAAACAAGGCUGACCUGGUCAUCAAUGAGGUGAUGUGGUGGGAUAACGGUGUUUAUUUCUGCACCAUCGAUGCCGCUGGUGACACGACAGGGGACUCAGAUCGGGAAAUCAAACUCAUCGUGUACCACUGGCUGACAGUCCUGCUGAUCAUCAUCGGUGCCCUCCUGCUCAUCAUGCUUUUCUGCAUAUGUUGCUGUCAGUGCUGCCCGCAGAAGUGCUGCUGCUAUGUCCGCUGCCCGUGUUGUCCACAGACAUGCUGCUGCCCAGAAAAAGCUGUGAUGCAGCACAGGAUGCUGCGAGAUGCUCAGAAGGCUAUGGCUCCUUGGAUGAAUGGCCAACCCAUUUACGCUCCCAUCAGCUCCAACGUCUCCUCCCAGGGCGUGCCCAUUCUGUAUUCAGGGUCGUACCCAGACUAUUAUGCCAAGGAAAACUUUGCAAUGGCUCCCAUGCAGCUGUCCCCCAUGGCCAUGCAGCAGCAGCCCCCCCCUCCUCCGCCUCCUCACCAUGUGAACGGGAGUGUGCAGGGCAGCGUUCAAGGUACCAACCAGGUGUUGGACUACCUGGAGAACCAGGUGAGGGGGCUUGAUGUAGGGGGACCUCAAAUGGCUCUGCACACAGCCCAGCAUAUGCCUCCAUUUCAGCCUCAUCCUCAGCUACAGCCCCAGCCGGCUCCUCAGGCAGUUCCCUACACACCUGGGCCCCCAAGUAUGUUGUCAGCCCUGGAUGAGAUGGGGGUGAGAGGGGUGGAGAGAAGGGUGAUCACCCUGCCUCCUAUUGUCCAACGUGUACCCAGCUUUUCCUCUCGGAGGGGGCCUGGAGGUGGACAUGGAGCCCAAGGUGGCCCCAGGAUGUCUAGUCAGUCCAGUGGGAGUACAAAUCGCUCCGGAGUAGGUGCCCAACGCGACAGUCGUAGGUAUAGAGACAGAGAUGCCUCUCCUCCCAGGCGCGGGAUCCUACGUGAUUACAGUGAUGACUCUGAUUGGGAGAACAGGCGAGGAAGAGUGCAACACGGCGGUUCAAGGAAUCAGAGAGGAGGCUCGGCCGGGAGGAGAGGAGGCGGGUCUCGACCACGAGUCCGAAGUCGUGAUGAUCUAAUGGAGGAGCUGCACAGCAGAGCAGCUCGGAGGGAGAGGAGCUACUCACCUCCUCAGCACCGGAAAGGCUCCUGGAGCUCCGACGAAGAGGGCAGCAGGAGACGAAAAGGAGGAAAAGGGAAGGAUUGGCCAGAGAAGCCCCCCAGCUACUCGUCCAUUGAGAUCGGGCCUGGACUCAGCAACGGCCGGAGGGACUAUAACCGUCUUUCUGAUAGAAGCUCCCGUAGCUGCACCAGCGUAGUCAUCUAAAGCAUUUCCGUCUUUUUUGACCUUUUCCUGAAUGUUUCCAGAAUGGUGGAAAUGAAGACAAAAAGUAGGUACCUUGAUCUGUUCAAUCACAGGCACAGGCAUAGUCUUUGAAAAUGUCUUGUAUCUAUGUAUACUUUUACUCUGUAUGCACUGUACAUAAUUGCAACAAAAAAUUUCAUUUUUACAUAUGAAGAAAAAUGGUUCAGAUGAGGUGGUAAAUUGCAGAUAACAUGCAGAUAUAUUAAGCCUGGUCUGUUGUUAUUGAGAUGAUAAAUGAAUGGGAUUAUUGUCCUAUUUGUAUUAAAUGUAAUUUGUGUGUGUUUUUCCCUCUGGUGAUGGAUAAAAUUAUCCUUCUUUUGGUGUUUUUGAAGUAAAGAUUUAACAGUUUCAACAAGCAGGUUGUUGGAUGCUGUGAGAUUUUGUUGGUUAUUUAAGUUUGUUGUUCUGACCAUGUUAUGUGUGUCUUUGCAGACAGAUUCGUUGUGCUUUUUAUAAUUUAUUUUUGCAUAAUGUCUUGUACUAUUUAAAGUGUCUUUUUUUAUUUUUAUCCAAAGUAAAAAUUCUUAGACCGUAACAGCAAUGGAAAGUAGACUACAUGGACAUUUGUAGGAAAAUGGACAGAGAUAGUGGACACUUUGGAAGCUUUUGCUCUACGUAUUGGAUGAAAACCAAAAUAUAACUGUGAUUUUCCUUAAUGUUUGCUUUUGUUAUAAACAUGAAUAGAGAUGCACCAUCAUGAAAAUGUACUAUAAUUUUUUAAUAAACCGUUUUUAGAUAGAGA